UUUUUGCCCGACUCUCGCACCAAUUUGAUCGUUUUUCUAUCAGAACUCACAUUUUUUGCAACAUCUUACCGCCAUUAUCGAUCAGCACCUUCGUCUUUUCACUGUCGGGAUUUUUCACUUACUUCAGGAUGAAGACAUUAGGCAGGAUUGUUUAAAGCAAAACAAAACAGUGGCCUAAUAGCAACGCAACAUACUACAACACGCAACUACAUUAACCGUUGAAGUCAUUUGCGCCAACUGGCAACAGAAGCAGAUUGGAGCAGUCAACCAAGAGCCGUUGAUUUCGGAAUCGGAACUAGUCUGUGGAGAGCACAUCCUUCGAAGAAGCCGGAAAGUAUCGUUUUCACCAAAGAACCGAAACGAAGUUAGAAGCAGUUGAACCGAACACUUAUUUAUUCGGUCCCACGUUAGAACGUGAGCAGCCCGCGGAAGAGGUAUACUAGAGCUGGACUCUAGAUCUUCCGGAGUGUGUGCGUGCAAGUCAGAAGCUGUCUUUCAACUUUCUAAUCAGUAUUCUUUGUGCAGUCAAGUAACUCGUCUAGUCAUCUGGCGAUCGGUCAUAGUUUCUGGAAUUUACAACAGGAAAUGGCGUCGGUAGGAGUAUUCUCAUUUCCAAGUGCUAUCACCGGGAAUAGCGUUGCCGCUGGGGCAACCACGGGCUCCAAUAAUAUUGUUCCUUCGGCCUCUGUCGUGAAGCCCAUUACGACAUCUAUCACCUCCGCAUCUCCUCCGUCCCAAGUAACUGUUGUUCCAGCGGUUGAUUCCCCCAUUGCCACGCCAUCAUCAACGGCAGUUCCCGUCUCUGGAGUUCCGUCAUCUACUGUCGGUACCGUUCCUGUCGUUACCAACGGUGUAGCUCCAUUAAUUUCCAUGUCACCAACGCCGGAAUCUAUGUCUUUGGUGAAGCCGAUUGCACCAACAGCCGGGACAAUAUUUGCCGAUGCAUUCAAGCUGAGCGACCUUGCUCCCUUCGAAGGAUUAGAGCCCGAGACAAGUGGUGGGCGUGGUCCAGGAAGUGUUGGUGCACCGGAAUCUAUAAACGGGUACCAGCUGGAGUCGGGUUCGCUAUCUGAGUGUAUGGAGCAGGACUGCACGCUGUGCCAGAACAAGUACAUUUCACCCCGUGUCCUGUCCUGUUUGCACGUUUUCUGCGAAGCUUGCCUCGACAAGCUGAUGAGCGACGGCGAGGCAGAGAAAAUAGAAGGAUUACUCGAAUGUCCCACGUGCAAGCAAUCGACCAAGAUUGGACCCAAAGGUGUCGCGGCGUUGCAUCAGGACUACAUACUCACCAACGUACUGGACCUGUCGACCAUCGAACCAUCAAUGUUGGCUUGCACUUCGUGCAAGAGCAAGGAAAUGGCCAUCUCGCGGUGCAAUGAUUGCGCUAAUUUCCUGUGUGCCAGCUGUGACAAUGCCCACCGGUACAUGCGCUGCUUCGAGGACCAUAAAGUUGUGCAGUUGGAAGAUUUGCGCAAGUCUUCCGAAAAAGUCGCCAUACAUAAGCCGCUGUACUGUAGCGUUCACCCCCCGGAGAAUUUGAAAUAUUUUUGUUUCAACUGCCAAAUCCCGGUAUGCAAUGAAUGCCUGAUCGGCGAACACAAAGGUAAGGAACACAACUAUCAAAUUAUCAGCGAAGCUGAGAAGCCAAUGCGUUCGGAAUUGGAGAACUUGAUGAAGGAAGCAAAAACCAAGAUUGAGUAUUGCAAUCAAGCUACGAGCGAUCUUGAUACCUCGCUGCACGAUCUGCAGAACCAGUUUGAGACCGCUCGCGAUUUGAUCAACGAGUCUUUCCAAAGCUUCAAGGCCGUGUUGGAAAAGUGUCGUGACAACGCUUUGAAGAAUCUCGAAAAACUACACUCGGAACGUGAGUUGAAGAUCAUGGAAUUGUUCCACAACGUGGAAAAAUCCACCGAGAAGAUUGAGAAUACUGCCAAGUUCACCAAAAAGGUGUUGGAUCAAGCCAACGGGCCGGAACUUUUGAGCUUGAAGAAAAUGAUUGCUAUGCAGUUUAGCAACUUGAUGGGAUCUACGCCAAAAGUUGAAGUUAAUUUUUCUCUCGAGUUCCAACCAAGUUUCGAAAAGUUCGAUCAAAUCGCUCCGGAAUUGUUUGGUACAUUCCGCACCGAAACAAGUCCCAUGAGUCCAAAGGAAACGACUCCGCCACCGUCUUUGCCGGGCAUGGCCAUUUUGAUCAACAAACCUCCAGCUACUACUAACGGUAGCUGUGGAUUAUCUCAAGGACCGUUGACUGGAUCAGUCACGGCCAGCAGCCCGAUUUCUUUGCCAACAUCGAUGCAGUCAUCUUUCGAUGGUGAUAUGUCCAAUCUGGGAGCCAGUUACAUGAUACCGCAUGUGCUCACUCCGGAACCACCAGCAUCUACUCCUGUCGCCAACAAUCACCUGCCGGCGGCACCGGCAACCGUUGGCGGAUCCGCAACCUUACCUGGAUUGAGUAGCAUCGGUGAGUAUAACUUGCACCGCCUGGCAAAUUUGACGGAAACAACCAACGAUAUCAACGACGCAAUCGUACCUGUCAACACCCCGAAUCCGACUACCAACUUUACGCUGGCUGAUCUGAUCUCCGGUGAUCCCAAUGCCUUCCAAGCGCUCUCCAAGUACAGUCUCAACAAUCCGGAAAUACCGGCCGGACCGAUGAUGCCGCCGCAUCCAACUAUGGAUAACUUGUCACUGUUGAGCGAUUUCUCGGGCUUGCCAGUUGCAACAUCGACAAUGCUUCCAACCACACCCAUGUCGAUGGAUUCGUCGCUUAGUGGAGAGAUGGCGGCAAUGAGUCGGUUCCAGGUCAACGGACGCACUAAAGCUACACCAAUGCAAAUUCGGUGCAAGUUUGGUUCACUCGGACAAACCAAAGGACAGUUUAAUUCUCCGCAUGGCUUCUGCCUCGGAACGGAUGAGGAAAUUGUCGUGGCCGAUACGAACAAUCAUCGUAUCGAGAUUUUCGAGAAGAACGGUACGUUCAAGUUCUCCUUCGGAGUUCCCGGUAAGGAGGAAGGUCAGCUAUUCUAUCCACGCAAGGUGGCUGUGAUGCGCUCGAGUGCCAAGUUUGUCGUGUGCGAUCGGGGCAAUGAGCGUUCUCGUAUGCAGAUCUUCUCAAAGAACGGACACUUUAUCAAGAAGAUCGCAAUUCGUUAUAUCGACAUCGUUGCUGGGUUGGCUGUAACAAACAAAGGCUUGAUCGUGGCAGUUGACAGCGUUUCGCCAACGGUUUUCAUUAUCUCCGAAGAUGGAAAUCUCAUCCACUGGUUCGAUUGCAGUGAUUUUAUGCGUGAGCCAUCCGACAUCGCAAUUAAUGGUUCCGAUUUUUACGUUUGCGACUUCAAAGGACACUGCGUGGCCGUUUUUUCAGAGGAGGGUACAUUCAAGUAUCGCAUUGGUAGCGAAAAAGUCACUUGUUUCCCCAACGGCAUCGAUAUCUCGGACGCAGGUGACGUGCUUAUUGGCGAUUCACACGGUAACCGCUUCCACGUGGCUUGCUACUCGAAGGAUGGUCAACUGCAAUCGGAGUACGAAUGUCCGUACGUAAAGGUUUCUCGUUGUUGCGGUCUAAAAAUUACAUCGGAGGGCUACGUUGUUACUUUGGCCAAAAAUAACCAUCACGUCCUCGUACUGAACACUCUCUAUAUUCAGUGAUUGACCGCCGGAGCGAGAAUCCUGAAGCCGAACCGCUAAGUUGACUGCAAUCAAAAAAUACUACAACCGUUGCAAGGUAAGUGCGUUGAAAAUUUUGCUUCGGCAACUUUCUACAUCGAAUGAUUGGGGCAAAACCAAUCAACAACGCAUUGAAAGCUCAAAGCAAGGCCGUAAGGAAAGAGACAAGUCGAAUGGAGAUGUUCGUUAGCUUCUCGGUGUACAAGAAGCUAAAGCAAAAUACUGCUAACCAUUAUCAAUAAUCACUAAAAUUACUGUAAAGUCAAACCAUCGUCAAGCCGCACCCACAUCUACGUCGUAACCGACACGUUUCGGUUUUUAUUAGCAACAACACAUUUGUGUACAACAACCCCACUGAACUAGUUUAGUGCGUGUGUUUGUGGUGUGCCGUAUGGUUUAUACCGAACAUAAAUAUGCUGUGGUUGGUGUGUUCAUCCGGAUAAGUGUGAAAAACAACCUUACAAAACAAAACAAAAAACAUCUUUUUAAAAAAAAGGUAAAGAGGAAAAACGGAAGAUAUUAUGUUGUUUUACCAAUAUUAUUACUAUUUUAAUUUUUUCCUUUUAUUAACACUAUUUACAUUUUUUUUAAAUAUCAUACUAUUUUAAACAAUAUUUAUUAUCGAAAACUGAAAAAUGAAUGAUCUCCAAUUUUUAUUUUACAACAGCAAGCGCGAGAUAAAAUAUUUUAUUUUAACGUAUACAAACAACAAAAAAUGAUAACAAAAAAAAACUAAAUGAUUGGAAGUUGAGACCAUACAUGCAAAAAUGGAAUUAAUCCUAAAUGGCGUAAUACCAAGAAAAGCCAAGAUCAAGCAAACUUUUAAGUAUGGUUGCGAAAGCGAGAAAGAGAAAAACGAUAGAUGCGUGGUAUGUCGAAUUUUAUUUUACUCUGUUUAGGAAGGCAAGAAUACCUAUUUAUAGCUGUUAAGCGAAACAUAGCAGACGGAAAGAACAAGAAGCAGUUUACAAACAUACAAAACAAACCAGGAAAUCAAACCUUUCGAAUAUGUAAAUAUUUCUACCGAUAAUCGUACGCAAAACAAAAAGAAAAAUUAAUCUUAAUUCAUAGGCAUAACUUCUUAAAAACAAACUAGAAUGCAGGAAAAGCAAAUUUACACAAAAGAACAUAUUUUACAUAAGAGUUGUAUACAUUUAUAUACAGACAUACAUGUAAAACCGCCAUAUUUUUUGCAAUAUGAUUUUAGAAUCGUUUAGUUCCCGCUCGGAAAACACAUUCAUUCUAAAGCAAAAGACCUUCCUGUCAUAAUUCAUUGUGAGGCAUAACUAGUUUAUAACGAAUCUUGUGUUUUCCAUUUUUUUUAUUUUAAACGCGCAUAGCCGCCCUCAGGACAGGAGAUAGUCGGCAGGGUUGCGGCAAUGCGCAUAGGUUUGGUUAGGGUUCACUAGGAACAUGUUUUAACUGAAACAAAGGAAGUACCGUUUAGUUUUUCGAUCUGUUGUUAUUUUAAGCUCUGUUAUAUUUUUCGUUUUAAUCGCAAACUAUGUUCGGAUAAAAUACACAAAAUUGAAAAAUA